CUGAUACUUAACAUGGAUUAUGACACGUAUGAUGACAUGUAUGAUGAAGAUAUGCUUCAGGAUAUGAUGGCACAAUAUGGUGACUACGAAUUUGAUGAUGUUGAAGAAUAUGCAAGAAUACCUUUCAAGGAACUAAUUAGCAGCUGUGUCAUUCCAACCAUAUCACAAGCAUCACAUUCAUUGUUUCCAAUAUAUUUGAUGUGUUUUGUAUUCAAAUCAACUCUGUAUUUAGGAGGCUCAGAUAAUAAAGGAGAAUCUUUUAUGCCAUCUUGGUUCCCACAUCUUACCAGUGCAAUAUUUGGUGGAAUGGCUUUAUAUUCCAUAUUUGAGAAGAACAUUGUGUAUAUAUUAGUGUGUGGUGUUCUGGGAUAUGUAAUACUACUGAUGUCAUAUCGAAGUUGUCGAUCGUAUUCUGGAGCUGUAAUGUCCUUGUUUAUUGUGACUUUUAUUGUACUUUGUGAACUUGUUUUGGUACAGAGAAAAGAUUGGCAUAAUGUUCGAGGUGCACAGAUAAUUUUAUCCAUGAAGUUGAUUGGCUUAGCAUUUGACAUAUCAAGUGAAAAAACAGAUAUGCCUAGAGCAGAUAGUUACUUAGGUUAUGUGUUCUGUGUUGGCACAGUUAUAUUUGGUCCUUGGACUAGUUACCAUGACUAUACAAUAGCAGUUCAUCAGAAUAUCACAAGAGGUUUUAGUUUUGCAUGGUUAUUGAAAGUGAUAAGAAGUAUCAUUCUGACUGUAGUUUGUUUAACUGUCUCUACCUGUCUCACUCAGUGGCUUAUUCUGGAUAGUGGUGAAAAGUGGUUAGUAGCCUACAGAGAUGCACAAUCAUUUAGGUUUAGUCAUUACUUUAUUUGUUUUGUAGCAGAAACAUCAGCCACAUUGGCAGGCUUAGGUUUUACUGAAAUCAUGUGGGGAUUGACAGUCAGUAAACCACAGAAUAUAGAACUACCUAGAUCUUUAGUCGAUGUGGUCACAAACUGGAAUUUACCCAUGCAUUACUGGUUAAAAAAUUAUGUGUUUUUAGUAGCUCAGCCAUAUGGAGUUGUAAUUGCAGUAUUUCUUACAUAUGCAGCCAGUAGUUUACUACAUGGUUUAAAUUUCCAGUUUGCUGCAGUGUUGUUUUCGUUAGGAUUUUAUACAUAUGUUGAAUCAAUAUUUAGAAGUAAAUUAUCAAGAAUAUUUAAUGCCUGUAUUGGUACUAGAAAAUGUAAAGAAGAAUGUGCUCAUGAAUAUAAAUAUACUCAUCCAUGUGUGAUAUUAACAAAUCUGAUAUUUGGUGCUCUUUCAAUGUUUCAUCUUGCCUACUUGGGCCUCAUGUUUGAUAACAGUGCUAAUAGUGAAGAGGGUUACGACAUGUACCAUACCUUAGAAAAGUGGUCGUCAUUGAGUUAUGCAAGUCACUGGGUUGUACUGGGAACAUACAUUUUUGCUGUAUUGAUAUGAAUUGUGCCUGUUGUUUAUUUAUUUACAUGUGGUUUUAUUGUGUAUUAUGAAUCUCUUACAUGUUUUACAUUUUUUGUUUUAUUUUAUCUUACAAUCAAUAAUUUUGUAUGAGGGAAACUGAGAAAAAAUAGGUACACUGUAUGAGGGAAAAUAUGAUUAUUAUAUUUGAUUGGAGGUCAAUUAAUGACAAUGACCUCAAAAAUGGGAGAAAAAUGGGGUAAAUUGAUUAUUUAUAAGGUGAAUUAUAGAA